CAACUGUUUACAAGUUGUCAGGCACUGAUCUCAUAUGACACAGUUUGUCAAGUGUUCCAGUUACAGUAUGACAGCAAGACAGUAUAAAGCUGAUUUGACAUGAAACAUGGCAACUCCAAAGAGACAGUUUUCAAGAUCUUUAUCCAACAACAAGUGGAUGAAAUUGUGGAAAAAAUGGCAGAGGAAAGAUGUUGUUGUGGUAAAUGAACAUCACCGUCGUUAUAGAGCUCUUGAGUGCAUCAGAGAAGGAAUUCAGGACUUAUUUGACAAACAUCCAGAACUAGGGGUUAAGGAUGAAUUGACAGAAGAAGACUUUUGCCAUAUUCACAGCAAAACAAUUAAAACUAAUCAAGGAAAGAAAUUCAAAUUCCGCAGUUAUGCUAGUUCUGUAUUUUCCUGCAUCAGAAGAGCAGUGUCUGUUUCUGACAAGGAUUUCUUGUCAUCAGUAGCUCCAGAUGACCUGGAUUAUAUGGAAUUUUUUAGCAAUUCUAGAAGUGGGCAGGAUUUCUAUCUCAGUAACGAUCAGCAGUUCAUCCUGAAAACUGACAAGAAAUACCAUUUGGAAUUCUUCAUGUCAAUUCUUGGUGACUACCUGAUGCAUUUCCAGAGAUACCCACACUCACUCAUAGUCAAAUUCUUAGGACUGUAUUCUAUUAAUGUAGCAGGGCAACCCAAGAUGUAUUUCCUUGUGAUGCAAAAUGUGUUCUUUCCUGUGGAAAGAAUUGAGGCACGAUUUGAUUUGAAAGGAUGUCUUGCUGGCAGGUAUCAAAAGCCCUAUACAGAGGAGAAGGGAGUUCUCCAUGUUCUGAAGGAUCAGAAUUUUUAUCAUGAGACUAUAAACCUAGGAAGUCAGCGAGAGUGGUUCCUGAGACAGCUUCGCCAUGAUGUGAAUUUUCUGCGGGAAUUAGGUGUGCAAGAUUACAGUCUGCUUCUAGGUCGUCACGAACUCCAUAUUGACGAUCAACAGACAUCAUUUGGAAAUCUAGUGUACAGGAUGAGGAAAUCUUUUGCUAAAAAGAAAUCCUCAUCAAUCUUGGACACAUCUCAUUUGCAUAAUCAAGUUCACCCUUCAGAUACUAUCCAAGAGGAAGACGAAUCUCCCAGACGAGUACGUCAUAGGGAUCUCAACAAAGCCUUCGCAGCAAUGAAACCAACAAAGACUUCCACAAGUUUAGGCAGCUUGCUAGAUUCUUCAUCUUUAGAUAUGGAUGAUUCCCUAAAUAGAAGACUUUUACUAGAAUGCAAGAACCCUUUGCAUGUAAUUGACGGAUCUCAUGAAAGAUAUUACGUGGGCAUCAUUGAUUUUUUUACUCAGUACGAGUGUAAACAGCGGGUUGCUCGAGUUCUGAAGGUGUGUAAGAAUUGUUCCUGUGAUCAUUCUACGGUUCCGCCGGACAUUUAUGCCGACAGAUUUCUGAGAUUUAUUGAGGAGAGGACUAAUUAAUUGAGAUUUAUUGAGGAGAGGACUAAUUAAUUGAGAUUUAUUGAGGAGAGGACUAAUUAAUUGGUUAAUGGUAGAUUUUUCUAUGUACUAACAAAGGGGCACUAUGUAUAAUGCUCUAGGUUUGUUUUAUUGUUAGGAAAGGGGUAUAAUUUAACAAUGUGAUAGUGUAUUUUGGAAUUGCAUGUAUAAAAUACUUUGCUCAACUGAUCAGUGCUGCAGUAGAUGUUUCAUGAAAUAGAGGUACUAGUAUUAAUUGUCUUUAAAUUCCAGUACCAGUAUUUGACUGUUGAAAAAUUAAACAAUGUCUUUUUUCAUACACUUACAUUCACCAAGUAGCUUAGAAGUCUGAUUUUAUUUUACAAUUUAAACAAGACACAAAGCAGUCAUUUUUAUUGCUGAUAUUCCUAGUACAUAUGUUUUUUGUUUUAUUUUUA